AUGGCGUCUACGGUGGCUGAACAAGACGAGGGAAAAAUUACAUCGGCAACGUCGCGGAUCAAUAACCAAAACGACGCGGCAACUCCAUCUCCGGCGAUGAACUCUAAGGAUUUCAUCGUCUCCGUCGCUGCUAACAUCGCUUCUCAGCCGUUACAGAACUACGAUUCAAACGUCUGGGGAGUCCUCACCGCGAUUUCAAACAAUGCUCGAAAACGCCGACAGGGGAUAAAUGUACUUUUGACUUCUGAUGAGCAUUGCUUUGGGCGGUCCCCGUGUCACGCCGGUUAUCAGAUCGAUUCGGUUGCAAUAAGUGGGAAUCAUUGUAAGAUAUACCGUAAGCAGCUCACAGGCGGUGAUGUAUCUGUGUUUGUGGAAGACACUAGCACAAAUGGUACGUUUCUCAAUUGGGAGAGGUUGAAAAAGAAGGGACCUGAAGUCAGGGUUCAACAUGGUGACAUCAUAGCUCUUGCUGCUCCUCCAGAACAUGAAAAGUCAUUUGCAUUUGUCUACCGCGAAGUACUUGGAGAUCAUCCUGCCCUUUCUUGCAUGAGCAGAAAAAGAAAAGCAGAGGAUUUAACUUGUGAAAUUAAGAGGCCGAAGGGCAUAGGCAUUGGUGGUCCUGAUGGUCCAAUAUCUUUGGAUGAUUUUAAGAGCCUCCAGCGAUCAAACACGGAACUGAGGAAGCAAUUAGAAGCACAGGUGCUUACUGUUGACACUCUGCGUAAAGAGUCCCGCGCAAUUGUAGAGCACCAUGAAAGUGAAAUAAAACAGAUUAGAGAAUCCAUUACAAAGUCAUUUGAUAAUGAGCUGAUUGAGCUGCGUGAUCUAAUAGAUACUAAGCAGAAGGAACUGGCGCAGGUCAACAGAGUAUCAGCUGAACAGAAGCAUUCCAUAGAUGACCUUGGCGAGAGACUAAGCACUUCUUUGCAAUCUCUUAGUGAAGCAAAUGAAAUAAUUAAAAGUCAAAAGGCAUCGAUUGAUGAACUGAAGACAGGGUUGGAUGAAGAGAGAAAUCAAAGAAGAGAGGAAAGAGAAACUGCUAUUGCUGAACUAAAAGCUGCGGUACAUAGAUGCCAAAUUGAGGCUCAGGAAGAACUUAAAAGAUUUUCUGAUGCUGCUAUGAGACACGAGAGGGAGCAACAAGAAGUAAUCAACAAAAUGAAGGAGUCAGAGAAAGAAAGGUCCAUGCAAGUGGAAACUUUGAUGUCGAAAUUGGAAGAUACGAGGCAAAAGCUGGUCUACUCUGAUAAUAGAAACCGUCAGCUCGAAGCUCAAGUUUCCGAGGAGCAGCUUGCUUCUGCUAAUGCACAAAAAAAAAUAGAAGAACUUGACCUUGAAAUAAAAAGACUGCAAAAGGAUCUGGAGAAUGAAAAGGCAGCCCGAGAAGAGGCAUGGGCGAAAGUGUCUGCUUUAGAACUAGAGAUAAGUGCUGCUGUUCGAGAUCUUGAUGUUGAAAGACAGAGACACCGUGGUGCAAGAGAAAAAAUCAUGCUCCGUGAAACUCAGAUGCGGGCAUUUUAUUCUACGACUGAGGAGAUCUCGGCUCUGUUUGCAAAGCAGCAGGAACAGCUCAAGACGAUGCGGAGAACUCUGGAAGAUGAGGAAAAUUUUGACAAUACUUCGCUAGAUAUUGAUCUGAAUCCGGUAAACAGAAACCCCAACAGAGCUAAUACUCAGGAAGAUGAAAGAGCAACUGGCCAUACGAAUUGUGCUGCCAAGGCAAGCUCGUCCACUUCAGGGCAAAGGUCUAACAGAGAUGAAGUUCUUGAUACGUCCUGUGAAGAUGCGGAUGCUACUCAGAAGCAUGAUUGCGAAAUCAUGAGUCAGGAAGGCCAAAACACCCAAGAGGCAGAAUAUACAAGCUCUGACAAAGUCGGGAAGGGUGGAUUUGGCUCAGAUAUAGAAGGUGUCGGUACAGCACCCAUUUUGGGAACGGACCCUGUAGGAACAGAGCAAGUCAAUGAAACUCAAAGUCCAGGAAAUGAUUAUGAGAGAAACGAUCAUCUGCGGAAAUCAAUAAUUUCAGCGGGUGAUACGAUGCAAAUAGAUUGUGAAACUCAGGUGCAUGAAAGUGUUCAGAAUGAUGAAGCUGCUCUCUUGUUAAGGAACCCCUUGAACGAUGAAAGGGAUACACAAGACACGGAGGGAGUAGGCACUAUCAGAACGUCAGAUCUUCUAGCUUCUGAAGUUGCUGGGAGUUGGGCUUAUAGCACACCUGCGUCUGUACACGGAGAAAACGAAAAUGAAACCGAAAGAGUUAGAGAGGAUGAAGAGAGUCAGACUCAAAGAAUCAAGGAAGUGACCAUAGUACAUGAUUCUGCUACUCAGGUAGACGAAAGUCAAACUAAACCGACAGUCCCCGAGGUCCUGGUCACUAGAAGCGAGGAUGAUGCUGAGCAUGGAGUUGUUAACGAAACAAUGGGGAUCAUUGAUCAGAGAAAGAUAAAACAUGGUACUGGUUCGGACUCUGAGACAGAAAGUUGUUCUGAUACAGAUGAUGACCGUGGGAAGGAAAAACACAGUUCUGUCUCAGACUCAGACACAGAUGGUUCUGAUAUGAAUGAUGACAACAGGCCACACUCUUUGGAUCCCGAUUCAGAAGGAAGCCAUGAAGCUGACGGGGAUCAGAAACAGGAGGACACAAUGGACGAAGAUGAUAAAGCUACUUAG